CCCAACGCCAAGCGGACGUGUUGUCGCGCUUUGUGAGCAAGGUGAGCUCGUCGUCAUCGUCGUCGUCAGUUCUCGCGAGUUCGAAAGAUCGUCGAAGUGUCGAAGGUAGCAAACGCAUAUCGCGCGCGAUCAGCAGAAGGAGUAGCAGGAAGUCAGACGCGCUGACUCAGCACCGGCACCUCCGAGCGAGUGAUCGAGUAAUCGAGUAGUGCAAAUUCCAAAUCCCGUGUGGUUUUUACUUGUGCCAAGUGAAGUAGCGCUCGUGUUUUGUGGUCAAAUAGGAUCCGCAUACCGUCCGGAUCGAUACCGGUGGGGGGGAGUGGUGAAGCUUAAAUUUCGAAAGCCCCGUUCGUCAGUGCAAAAUAGUUUGACCAUUUUAACAGCUAUUAGCGAAUUCGGUCUGUGUGCGCCCGUCGUCUUGUGCCACUUUCGCACAGAGUGGCCGCGCGUGCGCUGUGUUUUGUGGCGACGGCCAGAUCCAUUCUGCGGCCAUUUAUGACAUAACGAAUUGCUGUGACAAUAGGCCAGCCAGCCCAGGCCGGCUGUGUCCCGGUUUUUGACGGCUUGGACCGAACCCCUAAUUCGCGGGGCCUCGGCGAUCCAGAACACCGGACGGAGGGAACACAACAGAACAGCAACAGGAAGGAAGCUAUCGAUCGUCGUCUUCGGUGGCGGUGGCCUCGAGAUAACGUUACUUUUCGGCUACCUGCGCCCCUGGGACUUGCGGUCCAAAACGGGACCUUGGAUCCUGUGAGCAAGCAAACCUUCAAUCCAAUCCAGAACCGCGUGGUGACCGCGGCCAGCAACCUCGCUGUGUCGCGCGCAUCCAGAAACGAGAAACACCACCGACCGACGAGAUUCAAGAUGUCACGAUCGAACUUUCAGCGCUCGCAGAGUAAAGUGUGGUUCGGCAAUGAGCCAUCGAACAGUGGCUUCGGCAGUGGACCGAUGAUGAGUGGAUUUCGUCCGUAUGGACCCCCACCACCGACCGGGUACCCGUUUCAUAUGGGCACCAUGGUACGGACACAGUAUCCCUCCUUUCACGAUCUGGAAGAGGAGGACGAGGAGCUGAUCGAGGAGCACCAGCACCAGCAACGACCGGAUCAGAAGAGCGGUGGUACCGCAAACGAUUGGGCGGAAGCGAACCGACAGGGAAGUCCUUCGAGUCACAAAAGUCAGGACUCUGGAUUCUCGGACACAGAAACGUCCCCGAACACGGCCGGUGGACACUCGAAAUGUAGUCUCAGCGAAUCGCAAUCCCCGGUCGAUCAGCCAAACACACCAAAGAGAAGCAUCGACGAUGAACCAUUCCAGCGAUCACCGUCUCUCAACAGCGAAGUACCGACGCCGCCGACCGUGAUCCGACGACCGGCAGCGGUCCGGAGAGAGGAAGCAGAAGCACAAACAGAAGACAAAGGUGGUGCAGUGGCUCACCACAAUGGCCGCCGUCUAUCGUACGGUGGACCAACGAAUGAAGCGAACGAAAAUGAGCAACGAUCGGCCGAGGAAUCUAGUCAAUCCGGCGCGACCAGUCCUCGGAGCGGUGGCAGCAUCUCGCUGAAGCGGGGCCGCGUCAUUACCAAAAACAGUCGCGUCAAGCGCAACCUCAACGAGCAGCUGAGCAACUCGAGCGAAGAGAUGAUUUCGCUCGACAGCAGCGAACUGACGAAUCUGCUCAACGAAACGAUACACAACGAUGGCCGGCCGGAACAGUCGAACCGGCAGCCAGAACCAACAGCAGCAGCAGCGGGUUCGUGGACACCGAAGGGAAUCCUGAAGACAUCGGGCACUAGGAUGCCGAUCGAUUGCGAUCAGGAUGCGUUCAGACGGGAAGGCAAAGAGCUACCGACCUACGCGCAGCUCUAUCCUGCCGGAACAUCGACACCGAUCAAACAUCAAUCGAAACUGUACCGCUCGUUACCGCUCUCUCCGACGCAUCGAACACCGAACGCGGCCAGCAGUCCACGGGUAGUACCGUCGAGACUCGGUGCCCCAGCCGGUAGUGCCGUUGAGAGCUUCUACGAUGAACCGGAUCACACCGUUUCCCACAGUUCGUCGGCCAGUGAGCAUGCCCUCAGCUACACGAUCUACGACAAUCCACUGCUCAAUGGCCACAUGCCGGCCGUACAGCAUUGGCUCGAUGGUUUGCGGUUCGGAUGCCAGAAUGAGGUCAUGUCGAUACUGCAAACGAAAUCGAUCGCCGUCGAAGCCGGCCGAACGAUGAAGAUGACGUCCGGAGUGGCGGUCAAGAUACUGCGUCAUCUGCAAACGAAAGUAACAAGCCUGCAGGGUGCGUUCGAACGGGUGGAGAAGCUGUUUGCGGCCAUCAAGCGCUACCAGACGCAACAGCAGUCGGAGUCGGACGAACGGGAUGAGGAUGAGCGGGAGGAGGACGAGAAGGAGAUCUACCAAAAGGUGGCCCCGUUCGUGCACGGGCUGGCCAGUGAUAUCUACGAGUUUGUGGUGAAGCAAAAGGCAAACGAUUACUUCGGCCGCGAGUCAUCCGAGCGGGACGAUCGACGGAAGUACGUAGAGAACAGCCAAUCGCUGCUGGACAUGGCGACAGAUCUGCGGAUAGCGGCGGCCAAUGAGGAAAGCUUCGAUUACUAUUCCGUCGAGGAGGAGAUACAGAUCGUGAAGCGCUACUUUCUCAUCACCGUGCGGUUGAUGUUCAAGAGUCUGGUGAAGGUGAUCGUCGAUACGAUCGAGAACGCGAAAUGUGAUCUGAUUCUCCGCUCGAACCUCAGCUACGUGGCGAUGCUCUCGAAUGUGGAUUAUGGAGGGUUGGCUUCGUUGAACGAUGCCUUCAUCUCGAACUAUACCGCCCGAGCGUUGUUACUGGUUUGCGUGGAAUCGAAGUUCUCUUCGAUCAGGGCCCUUGCGUUGCGUGCGCUGGCUACCGUUUGCUCAACGACGGAAGCGAUCCGUCAGCUGGAGCGUGCCGAUGGUUUGGAGAUACUGAGGGACAUUAUGGUGACGGAGCAGCGGAAACCGGCAAGGAGACAGUCACAAUACCAGCAACCGGAUCAGGAACGGAGCGAACCCGAACUGCGGGAAGCCGUCUCGGUGUUGACGCAGAUCACGGCCCCGUGGCAUGGGGAGGAUCAUCGGCUGGAAGGAUUGAAGCAGCAUGUGCAUUCGAUCGUCGAAGCGAUUACCGAGAUAAUCGAGAAGACGACCUGCUGUCAAACGUUGCUGCUGUGUGCCGCCUGCCUGAACAACAUGACGCGCAUCGAACCGACGGCGGUCUACUCGCUGAUGUCCCAGGACACGGUGAGCAAAUUGAAAGCGGCCACCGAACUCCGCGGCCCCGGUGCUUCCAUCUUUCUCUACGAGCAAUUCACCGCGAUGCUGUACAACAUGUCGGCCAACUGGAAGUGCCACCAUCAUCUCGCCAACCGGACCCUGGUCGGCUUUCUGGUGGCACUGUUCAACCGGAAAUUCUUCGAGAAACCUCCGAACCGCACGGAGGCGGAAGCACAGCGCAAAACGAUCAAGAACAUUCUGCACGUGCUGUCGCGGCUGAUGAGUGGCGGUUCCCUGUCGGCCAGCUCGUCCUGCGAGCUCAUCGAAUCGACCAUCGUGCCCGUGUUUGCGCGCAUCGAACGUACGCUGGACGGUGGCCACGAGCACUACCGUGACAUCUCGUACAUCAACCGGCGGUUGAAUGAAAGUCUCUCGUCUCGGGUCCACCACCAACACGACACCUCCCCGACGGUCGAUGGAGGUGAAGGAGGUGCGAAAGAUUCGUCUUCCUCUUCGCGCCCGACAACGCCGGUCUUGAUCGAUGAUGUGGCUGCGCCGACGGUGGCCAAUCACAGGGUAACGACCGGUGCACCACCGCACAUCACCCGGCUAACCAUACAGCGUGACUCGAACGGUGCGGCGGUCAUUAUGCUGGAUAAGAAUCGACAGGAGAGUUAUGUCUAGGGCCCUGAUUGGAACGGUCUGCGGACAGCGAAUUGGAAGGAAAUGGAAACACUUGUUCUGCCGAAUCGCCCGACCGAGCCUGAGGAGUCCGGUGCCGAUUGAAUUAUUGUUUGACUGUCCAAAUGAACAAGUUGUGCGUUGGCGUGAGAGGGGGGGGAGCAUCGCCAAAACGGAAGAACGAAUCUAUGCAACGCUCGACCGAACGUGGUUCCUCAUUCGGGCCGCAUACCAUACGAAUCCUAGUGCCAUAAUGUUACGUUACAGUGUUUGAAGCGAACCAGAUUGAACGAAUAGCAAUAGCAGCCGGAGAAAGGCUGUUGUUCCAUGCGAUUCCCGGUGCCUACAAGGUAGGUGCCGGUGCCGGGGGGGUCGGCGAAAUUGAAUGGUAGGGCGCAAUUCGUUCGUCUAACCAAAAAAAGGGAUGGGAGAAUGAGAUGAUUGAAUGACAAGCACGCCGGCGUCAUGCGUGUGCCAUGUGGAUGCGUGUGUGACACGAGAUGAUCUAAUAUAUAUUCUUUGUACGUUUACUGUUGUAAUUUAUUUUCGAAAUCAAUAUCGUUUAAGGAGUCGUAAGAUAUUUCUCCGGAAAAUAGAGAAUU